CGCCGCGCACAAUGUUCGCCGCGCCAGCGUUCGAAACGCGUCGCUAUUUGUCUGCCUUUGCCGCAACGAUCUCUUCUUCGACGCUAUCUUCGCGCCAGUAGUCGUGCUCUCGCGGACGUCCGUCGGCAAAUCGUCUCCUUCCUCCAGCUUUUCACGGCCGAGUCUCGCACGAAGUAUCUCGAUCGGCGUCCUCUCGGUCCUCAUGUCGCUCUAGAGUCAUAUCACGCGCGUAUAUCGCCAUAGAUCGAUCGAGAUCGAUGAUUCGCGCGACGGUAACGCCGCCAUUUUCGAAAUUCGCUUCGAGUCCGCGAAUCGCAUCCGCGAACGUUCGUUGACCGCGCUUCCUCGUCGUCGUCGUCGUCGUCGUCGUUACCAGUCUUCUCCUCGAGUCCGGGCGUUAAUAAAGCGCAGUCGGAUGCGCCUCGUUGGAUGCUGCCGGCGGCGCGCCUGGACGACCUGGAAGGUCCCCGUGCUAGCGGCGGUACCGUGAACGGGUGCUGCUGCACCAGGUAGCACCGGUGACCGUGAUGGAUGCGCGCGUGGUCGUCGGUGCUUCGACCGCGGAGGAGACCCCAACGGUGGUCGCGGCUGCGUCCGCGGCGGCGACGGCGCGAGGUGUCGGGACGCCGUCGCCGAUACCCUCGACACCGGGCAACCCUGUGACCACGGCGACCGGCAACGGAGCCGGUGGCGGUGGAGUAGUUGCAGCCGCGACGCUUACAUCCCCGGCCUGCGUGCCGCAGAAUUCGUCGUCCGUCGUCGUAGUGGCCAGCCCGUCCAGCAACCAUCAGCAGCCGGCCGGCGUACCCAGGAUACUCAGCAGAAACGUGAACGGCACACUGGUGCAGACGUCUGUGCCGCAAAACGAAGCCGAGUUGCAGCUGUACAGGGUGAUGCAGCGCGCCUCGCUGUUAGGAUACUACGACACGCUCCUCGAAAUGGGAGGCGACGACGUGCAACAGUUGUGCGACGCCGGCGAGGAAGAGUUCUUGGAGAUCAUGGCGCUGGUCGGCAUGGCGAGUAAGCCGCUUCACGUGAGGAGGCUUCAGAAAGCCCUGCAGGAGUGGCUCACUAAUCCUUCGUUGUUCCAAACGCCGGUGGUGCCGACAAAUACCGCCACCAAGAGUCCGGUCGCCGCCGCCGCCGGCGCCGCCGUCGGCUUCGCGUGCGCGAGUCCACGGCCGCAGAUACAGAAUCUGCCAACAGGCUUCACCGCAACCUCGCAGACACCGUUGACGCCGUACGUGUCGACACCCCAUGUGCCGCUCACGCCGUUGCCCUGCCGGAGCGCCAGUCCAGUGGUACCAGCGGUGACCAGCGUGUCCGCACCGGCACCCUCGACGACCUUCCGUCAAAGCCCGAGCCCGAACACGCUUUUACCUUACGCCACCUCGCACAGUCCCAAUGUGCUGCAGGUGGGAACGUGCGAAUCUUCGUGCGGCAGUGGCACUACGCCGAGCCCGAGCGGUGGAGGUGGCGGUGGCGGCGGCGCACCUGCGAGCCCGACGCAACCGACGCCGACCCUUCUGCAGUCGCAGGUGCAACGGCUAGCCGAAGCCGCGGAGAGACUCGUCGCUACCAUAAGGCCCCUCGAUCCCAAGCCGCACAAUGUGAAGAAAAAACUCUGCAAGAACCUAGAGAUGGUAAUGACGAUGUCCGACAGUGAUCCGCGCAAAAUGGACGAGAUCCGGAAGUACGCGGCGAUUUACGGCCGAUUCGAUUGCAAGAGAAAGCCGGAGAAGCCUCUCACGUUGCACGAGGUGUCCGUGAACGAGGCGGCGGCGCAAAUCUGCAGAUUCGUACCUGCCCUCCUCACCAGGAGAGACGAGCUCUUCCCGUUGGCACGUCGUGUCGUCAGAGAUUCCGGCUACCAUUAUUCCAAGAAUCAAUACUUGUCGGUAUCGCGGACGCGCGAAAACGGCGAGGACACCGACGGUGAGCGCUCGAAACGUCGAAAGCUCGAACUGGAGGGUGAGGGUGAGGACGCGACGCAGGAGGAGUUGGACCUCCGCUGUUCUGGCACGGACAUUAAUAAUUCCAUUCCGAGAAGACACAGAUCGUCGAGUCCAGUCUGGAGGAAGAAGAGUAACAACGGCAUGUUCAGUGCUAGCGUGGAAGAAAUCAGCGACUCGGACAGCCAGUUCUCAUUCUCCAACGAGGAAUCUUCGUCUAUGCACGACACAAACGAAGCGGAGGCCGACAACACCGACAAAGAAGGCGAUUUCAAUCUAAAGGUAAUAGCUUCGCGAGGAGACAACAUAAUUGCCGUGGCAAAUCCCGCGCUAAUGGAAUGCACUCAUCCUAUAAAGGAGGAGCCGGCGGACGAAAAACCUACACUGUGAUAUUAUUGCUUAGCGUUUACCGCCGCCAUUGACGUCAUAUCGACGUGAACCCGUGUCCCGACUGUUGUCGUUAUCGCGAUCAUUAUCGUUUGACCCGACAUUCUCAUCUUAGCAUUGAGCACAAUAUGUGCGGCAACGGCUGAGAAUAAGGAAUUAAGGCUUAUUCAUUAGGAUUAUUAUAAAGUUGCAGAGCGGAUCUCGUUCUUGCGUUUUUGUUCGCACGAAAAAUGUUUGCAUCAAGAGACAGACAGAGAGAGAAAAAACAGAGAGAGAGAGAGAGAGAAAGAGAGACAUAUGAGACGCUGCCUGUUAUCUAGUUUUAGCGAGAUACGGAUGCGCGAUAUUGUAUAGCGAUUAUAAGCAUUUCUAGGAAACAAUAGAAAAUAAAAGUACGUCGUUGAAAUCAAAAGAGAUCGUCGACUGAAGCACGUAUAGUAUUACAAAGUAUAUAUCAU